AUUUAGUUAGUGAACAGUUGCCGAGGCGUGCAGUUAGAAAAACUCUUUGGAAUAUCCAGCUUAAGGAAGCACUCACGCAAUAAUGUCAGAUGGAAUCAACAGAACUAAGAAUCGACGCUUUGAGGACGAAGGAUCUGGACUCGGCGAGCGUCAUGUGCAAAUGUUACUGCUCUUCUUUGGCCUCAUGGUUGCCUUCGGCAUGCGAGUGAAUCUCUCUGUGGCCAUCGUGGCCAUGACCGAGUUGCCCGAAUACAACUGGUCAGAGAAAAUAAAGUCCCUGGUGCUAAGUAGCUUUUUCUGGGGCUAUGUGAUCACUCAGGUGCCCGCUGGUAUCCUGGCCCGCAAGUUCGGUGCCAAAGUGACCAUCAUGACGGGUUUAACUGUCUGCUCUAUGCUGAACGUCUUGACGCCGCUCUGUGCCAAGCUGGGAGGCUGGAAGCUACUCUUUGCUGUGCGUGUGCUCGAAGGUAUUUGCCAGGGUGUUCUCUACCCCUCGUAUCAUACACUGAUCUCUGCCUGGGUGCCGCCCAAGGAGCGUGCCUCACUGGGUACUUAUGCCUAUGUGGGAGCUAGUUUUGGUACAAUUGUUAUGCUGGCAUCGAGUGGUGUGCUGGCCUCGAUGGCUGGUUGGGCCAGCAUUUUCUAUAUUUCAGGUGGUUCUGGCUGUCUUUGGGUUGUGGCCUACUUUCAACGAGGAGCCAGCUCACCGACAGCAUCAAAGAGUAUCUCAGAGGAGGAGAGAACGUUCAUUGAGUUAGAACAGACCAAUGAAGCGGGUAAAACUGAAAAGCCUGCUGAGAGUUUGCCGACUCCGUGGCUCAGCUUCUUUACGUCGCCUCCAUUCCUGGCAUUGAUUGCGGCACAUUGCGCCUCAACGUGGGGCUUUUGGACGCUGCUCACACAAAUUCCCAACUACAUGAAGAACGUGUUGGGCAAGGAUAUCAAGGCAAAUGCACUGUUGUCCUCGCUGCCUUACACUGUGAUGCUGCUGCUCAGUUUCGUCUUUGUGUGGCUGUCGAAGAUUCUGCAGAAGAAGGAUUCGUUAUCUAUGAGCUUCAAUCGCAAGUUGUUUAAUUCGAUUGGGCAUUUCACACCCAUGGUUCUGCUUAUUGCUUUGGGUUAUGUGGCACCUGGUCAGGAUGUUCUCGCUGUCUCCCUACUCUCGAUGACUGUUGGCAUUAGUGCGGCUGCUCAGCUGGGCUUCAUGAUCAAUCACAUUGAUCUGUCGCCGAACUUCGCUGGCGUCCUCAUGGGCAUCAGCAAUGGCAUUGCCAAUGUAAUGAGCAUCAUCGGUCCACUUCUAGUGGGCAUUAUUGUAUCCGACAACAAAGAUGCUAGCCAGUGGCGUAUCGUAUUCUUCAUCGCAGCUGGCUUCUACUUGGUGGGCAACGGUCUCUUUGUUAUAUUUGGCAAAGCUAGCAUACAAUCGUGGAACAAUCCUACAGUCAGUUCUGAGUAUAGCUCAACGCCUCAACUGGAAACACCGGAAAAGACAUCAGAAGCUUAGUUAUUUUGUCAUUUAUAAGCCACGAAUGUUUUGUUCAUUAAGUCGUUGUCAAUAAACAAUAACAGUACAAA